GGUUCACAUCGGUCUGCAGUUGGUAUCCACCUUCAGUCCAAAAAAAACGAGACCAACAGCUUCAUUGUGCAAAAAAUGCAGUUCCAAACGAGUAGGAAAUGCCAUGGACAGUAGCUUUCAGCGUGUUCACUCCAAAGACCAGCAACAACAGCAAGUCCAAAUCAGUGGCCUUCCAAGGGUAUUGUGUAUGUGCAAGGAACCAAGAACAUGGAGUUUCCAUGGCUUCAGGCAGACCUAAAGGAAGACCACUUCAACAAAUACACCCCAACAUAUAUACCUCAAAUAAACCACAAAAAGAGCAGCAAUAACAGUGGUUGAAAGGCCAAAAAUCAGUCACAAUUCAAGCAAGACCAGCUGUUAGUUUCUCAAGCACAAGCCACAAAUAUAAACUCAAAAGAAGUGUUGUUACACCAUAAACAAGCUCUCAAAAUAGCAGCGAAGAAUCCACAAGAGUUGGUCAAAAACAAAACAUUCAAAAUCCAGCAGCUUCACGCUGUGAAUAGUAGCUUCGAAUCCCAAACAUCCUCAAAUCGAAGGAGCAAUCAAUUGGUAAUGAAAUCCAACUUCAAUUAGCCAACAAAGAAGUCUGAUUCGACGGAAACAAAAUUUCAAAUGAACAAAACCAGAUCUGCGUAAAUGAUGAAUUGCAGUCAUUCGGAGAAGAAGAUCGGCCGAAUUCGAGAGAGAGACUCCAGCUUCCAUUCGAGAAGAUGAGUUCUUGGGGAAGAAGGAGAAGACGAUUGGCCGAAGUAGAAGAUGAUUGGCCGAGAAAAUCCACUGCCAAAGCAGAAGAAGAUUGGCCGAGAACGGGGGUUUGGU